AUGGGAACACAAGAUACUCAGAAUUCUAGUGCUGUAAAACCAAUCGAGCAAGUUCGGGUUUCAUUAUCUGAUAAAGAAGAUAAGUUUGGAGAGCAUAGGAAUCAGAAAAAGGUAUCGAAGAAGAAGAAAAAUGAGGGGGCUGAAGUUGCUGAUGCUUACAUCAAUGAAGAUUUGGAAAAAAAGCAACUGCAUGUAGACCAUGGUGAGAAUGGCAGUGGAGAUGCGAUGAAUCUUGAAAAGAGAAGGAAGAAAAGCAAGAAUAAAAACCGGGAGUUGAAUAGGACCGAGAUGAACAAUGCUAAAGAAGUUCAGCAGAGUGAGGUUGAGCAAAAGCUAGAUGGAGAAAGUAAUGCCGAACAGAAAAGUACUGAAGAUAAUAACAAGGAGAGGAAGAAGAAGAAGAAAUCAAAAAGAAAACACGAUGAAGUAGAUCUUGAGAGGGAGGGAGAGAUACAUAUAAACGAGUCUGGGCAACAUAGUCAGAAUUUGAAAGCUGAUGAUACAGGAAAGGUCGAAAGGAAGAAAAGGAAAAAGGAAAAAGAGAACAUCAAAGAUGACAAUUGGUCACGUGGCACUUCUGGUGAAGCUAUGAAUGACGAAGACGAUUUUCCUUCUGAGCAGCACGAAUGCGUGCCAGAUAAUGUUGAAGGCAAAUUUGAAUCAAAUGAACAUAAUGUAUAUGCUGCAGAAGAACUUAAGAGAAAGAAGGAAAGAAAGAAGAAAAAGAAAGAACAUUUGAAGGACUAUUCAACUGCCGCUCAGCAAGAUAAUGCAGAAACUGACAGCAAUUGUCAUAUGCAUACGGAUGAGAUGCAAAGUAAUGAGGUAGAACACGCAACCAAAAAAAAGAAGAAGAAGAAGAAGAAGAAGAAGAAGAAGAAGAAGAAGAUGAAGAAACAUACUGAAGUAAUGGACGAGGGUUUUGAGGAGUUAAGAGAUAAUGGUGCUGCACAUGAGAAAAAAGGAAAAAUGAAAAUGACCAAACCAGUGGAGAAUGAGUCAAGCGAUGCUACACCCAGAAAAAGUAAGAAAAAAGUGAGGUUUUCUAAUCACUUUGAGGUUUUCCCCUCUCCAGUCAAUUCGAAUCCAGCGAAAGGGACUGUGGAGGGAGAUAAUCUAGUUAGAGGUAAGCGGUACACGCCUGAAGAGGACGAGAUCAUCAAAGCUGCUGUUAACGACUAUAUACUGAGUCACGACUUAGGUGAUGAAGGCCUGGACAUGGUCCUCAAUUGUCGAAAGCACCCCCUGGUGAGGGGCUGUUGGAAAGAAAUCGGGUCUUCCAUACCAUACAGACCCACUACUUCCGUCUACUUGCGUACCCAUGUUAUAUUCCGCAGGUCUGAGAAUCGCAAAUGGACUGAGGAAGAGUACGAGGAGGUCCUCAAGUUCUGCGAGGAGCACGGCAGGCAAUGGAGGAAGCUGGCGGACAAGCUCGGCAAGCACAGGGUACAUGUGUGUAACACCUGGCGGAGGAUAAAACUGGUCAACCGCAAGAAAGGGCACUGGUCUCAGGACGAGUACCAGAAACUGUUUGACCUCGUGAACAUUGACCUGCAGGCGAAGCUUCGGGAAGAGAAGAAGUCCAAGUAUGGGAUGCUGCGUGACAAUAUCGGCUGGACGGCAAUUAGUGGUGAGCUGUCAACCCGUCCUGAGGUCAUUUGCUGUGAAAAGUGGUACAGACAACUGACCUCGUCCAUGGUGGCCCAGGGCGUGUGGGCCGACUCAGACGACUACCGCCUAAUUGGCGGGCUUUAUAGCCUGGACGCGACCUGCGUGGAGGAUGUGGACUGGGAUGGUGUUGUUGAGGGCAGGGAUGGGAAUGUGUGCCGAAAGCGUUGGAAUCAGAUGGCUUUGCAUUUGGGGCGGAAUGGGCAUAAGCCGUUUGCCGAGCAGGUAGAAGUCUUGGCGCAGAGGUACUGCCCGCAUCUGCUGGAGGUGAGAGAGGCUUGGGACAGCAAACCAAGAGUUCCAUGA